AUUCUUUAAUCUUUACAGUAUUAACUAAAACACCCCUUUUUAGUUUUUGGGUGAAAAGCAUACCCUUUUUGAGUUGCGUAUUACUAAAACAUCCCAAUAAUUUGCACCACGAUUGAAUUGAAUAAAAGCUAUCCUGAAUCCUGACGAGUAAUGGGUAAUGAUCCCCCGUGUGGCCCACCUAACACCAACGGUCCAUGCCACAUUCUCGAAACAGAUCUGACGGUUGACAGCAUUGUACAAAUGAUUUUUAUUGCAAACAGUUUCAUUUCAUAGUCUGCGAAUCUGCAACCGUUAUGCUGAAUUGCUGACCAGUGCCCAGUUCUAGCUUGAGGAAUGAGAGUCGAUAACGAUGAGAAGUGAUAUUAAAAAACUGGUCUCGGGUGGAUUCUAUAGGGAAGCCCUCUCUUUAUACUCUCAAUUGAAAUCCUCCUCGUUUCGUCCUGACAGCUUCACUUUCGCUUCUCUCCUUAAAGCCUGUGGCAAGCUCAAAGCAACUUCAGAAGGACGGGAGAUCCAUGCCCGUGUAUUCAAAACUGGUUUUCACACGGAUGUUUAUGCGGCCACCGCUCUGAUAUCUAUGUACAUAAAGUUUCACCUUUUAGAGGAUGCUCUCAAGUUGUUCAACAAAAUAGCCCAACGAAAUAUAGCUUUGUUCAACGCCACGAUCUCUGGCUUCUCACAACAUGGGAAUUCUAAAGAGGCUCUGUGGGCCUUCCAACAGGUUUGUGCCCGUGGGUUCCAGCCUAACUCUGUUACUAUAGCCAGCGUAUUACCUGCAUGUGAACGCCUGGACCAUGGACUGCAAGUUCAUGGUUUUGCAGUAAAGUUGGGAGUGGAGAGGGAUGUCUAUGUAGCCACUGCAAUUGUGACAAUGUAUUGGAAUUGCCAGGAACUAAUUUCAGCUACGAGGGUGUUCAAACUGAUUCCAGAUAAAAAUGUCGUGAGCUACAACUCUCUCAUCUCCGGGCUAUUGCAGAAUGGUCUCACUCGGAUGGCCUUGAACGUGUUUAAGGAAAUGAGAGAAUCUUCGAGAGUAGAAGCUAGUACAGUGACCUGGGUUUCUGUUCUGUCAGCGUCUUCUUCUCUAUUGGAUGCCCGACUUGGUAGACAGGUUCACGGCCUUAUCUUGAAACACAAUAUCAGUUCAGAUGUUAUGGUAGGAACAACACUCGCAGACAUGUAUGCCAAAUGCAGGUGUUGGAACUCGGCCUACGAAAUAUUCAAGGAGCUAGGUGAAAAUAGGAACUUGGUUGCGUGGAACUCCAUGAUAUCAGGAACAAUGCUAAAUGGUCAGUAUGAGACUGCUGUUGAGCUAUUUGAGCAGUUAAUAUUGGAUGGAUUGGAACCAGAUUCGACUACUUGGAAUUCAAUGAUCAGUGGAUUUUCACAACUAGGUAAGGCGGAGGAAGCUUUUAGAUUCUUCACUAGAAUGCAACUAGAGGGGGUAGCCCCCAGUUUAAAAUCAAUUACAAGCCUUCUACCAGCUUGUUCGGCUCUAUCUGCUCUUCUACGCGGGAAAGAGAUCCAUGGACACAUUAUUAGGACUGGUUUUAUUGAUGACGAGUUCAUCUGUACUGCACUCAUUGACAUGUAUAUGAAGUGUGGUUAUUCUUCUUGGGCCUUCCGUAUUUUUUAUUGCGCACAGACAACUAAAGAUCCAGCAAUUUGGAAUGCGAUGAUCUCUGGGUAUGGAAGAAAUGGGGAAUAUAAAUCUGCAUUCGAAAUAUUCAGCAGGAUGGAAGAAGAGAGGGUCCAACCAAAUUUGGCUACUUUUGCUGGUCUUUUAUCUGCAUGUGCUCAUUCUGGGCUCAUUGACGAAGCAUGGAAACUCUUUAGGCUGAUGAGUACAGUUUACGGUUUGAUUCCAACCACUGUGCACUUCUGUUGCAUGGUUGAUCUUUUGGGUCGAGCUGGGCGACUCAAUGAGGCUCGAGACUUGAUCCAGGAAAUACCAGAACCCUCAGUUUCUGUCUUUGCAUCCUUGCUUGGUGCCUGCACAUGUAACUUGGAUGCUAAUCUGGGUGAAGAAAUGGCUGAAAAGCUUUCAGAGUCGGACCCUGGAAACCCUACUCCCUAUGUGCUUCUUUCAAAUAUAUAUGCUGGACAAGGAAGGUGGAUGGGCGUAGAAAGGAUAAGGGAGAUGAUAAAGGAAAGAGGAUUAAGGAAAGUUGCUGGUUGUAGUUUGAUACGAGAGGCACAAGAAACCAGGUUUACAUAAUGCAUCAAUGGAGAAAUUACAGGAUAGAGCCCUCCAAUGGUCUAUAGUCAGAGUUGAAAUUUUCUACAUAUUCUUCUCAUUAAGUGAUUACUGUCUCCAAGUACAAAACUUUCACUGGUUCAACAUUUCUUUUAUAGCAAACUCAAAGUUCUCAUCAAAUUGGUUAGGAGGCUCAAAGAUAAAGCAAGAAAUCACAUCUCUGAGGGUAA